AUGAGCUUGUUUCUUACGUGGGUCGAAAUGCAAGUUCAGGUUCUGCUGUUGACAUUGGUCAAGCUGCUUUUACUACUGUUCUUAAUAUGAUGUCCAUUAGUUUCUUUUCGGUGGAUUUAACGGAUUAUAAUUCAGAUUCUGGUUCUACCUUUAAAAAUACUAUUAGAGCAAUUAUGUGGGAAGCCGGAAAACCAAAUGUUUCGGAUUAUUUCCCUGUUCUAAGAUUUUUGGACUUGCAAGGUAUUAGACGCCGUACGGGAAAGUACAUUCGAAUACUGGAUGAGAUUUUCAAUAAGAUUAUAGAUCAAAAAUUGUUGGUAUUACAGUCUGGAGAAGGAAACAGUGGUAAGCCAAGUGACUUGCUUGAUGUGAUUCUUGAUCCAUCCCAUGAAAGCGGAAUCCAGCUUCAACGUCAUGAAAUAAAUACCCUACUUAAGGACUUCUUCGCAGCCGGGACAGAUACUAGCUCAUCCACCGUGGAAUGGGCGAUGGCGGAACUACUUCACAACCCGUCUAAGAUGACAAAGGCUCAACAGGAGAUUUCAACCAUUAUAGGCAAAGACCGACUAAUCAAAGAGACCGAUAUCGUCCGACUCCCUUACUUGCAAGCAAUCGUGAAAGAGACGUUACGACUUCACCCACCAGUUCCAUUCUUGGUCCCGCACAAAGCAGUAGUCGAUGUUAAAAUGCAUAAUUUUGUUGUCCCUAAAGAUGCCCAGGUAAUAGUGAAUGUGUGGGCAAUGGGUCGAGAUCCUACCAUAUGGAUGGACCCUAUUAGUUUUAAUCCUGAAAGGUUUUUAGAUUCCAAAGUUGAUUAUCGAGGUCAAGAUUUUGAGUUGAUUCCAUUCGGGUCUGGUCGUCGAAGUUGUCCCGGCUUACCACUAGCACAUAGAAUGGUACAUCUAAUUGUGGGUUUGCUUGUUCAAUCAUUUGACUGGAAACUAGAAAAUGGGAUGAGACUAGAGGAUUUGAACAUGGAAGAAGAGCUUGGAUUUACGUUGGCAAAGGCUACUGGUUUUCGAGCAAUUCCUACUAAUAGACACUAA